GUUUUUUCCUUUGAAAAACGAGGUCAAUUUAUUCCAUGAUUAUCUAUAAAAUGUGGUAGGUAGCUGGAUUCAGCUGUUAAGAGCCCUUCCAGCUAUGUAAUUCCAAGCUUCUAGGAGGGAAAAAAGAUAAUUAAAAAUAAAUUUUCUGAGUAUACAGUGCAACAAGAAGGACAAGAAUUCCUUGGAGACAGGGACUCUCACGCUUCUUUUGUACCCUGCCACAGGUCUGAGUUUCUCACUUACGGACCUUAAGCAGAGUGGGAAAGACAAAUGCGUAAAUGCCAUUUACAAAGGCAGAGAAGGGAGAAUAGGUGCGGGGCAGGUGCAGCGGCCUGGGCAGGCCUGGGGUGGUCUGCCCAGGAGUGGAAGCUUGAACCGUGAGUGGAAACAGGGCUGUGAGGGACCCGAGAUAGCUUUUCCCCAAGGCCAAGUCCAGCCACCCAGGGGUGGCCCCAGCCUCCUCUCACCACUCCCAUUCAUCCCCUCGACUCGGUGGGCUCGCCGCCACAACUGAACCUCCUUCCUCUGGUGUGCGAUUGGUACAGCCCAAGCUCCAGGCGUGUCUUCAGUUGGAAAAAAAACACCUAAAGACACGCCCAUCGCCACGCCCCUGCCUCUGGUUGGCUGGAAAAUUUAAAUAUCCAGCCGGCGAUAGGCUGAUUUUCUAGCCCUAGAAUUUGAAAGUUCCCAGUGUCGUAGUUUCGCCAGCAAGCCGGCUCUGAUCAGCUUGUUCAUCCAAGUCCCCGAACAAGUGAGUGUCUGCCCGAGCCCCGAGGUGGGAAGCAGAAAGCCUGAUAUCUCUAGGGGUCCCAGUCUGGAGGGGGCAGAGGAGUGGGUCAGACUGAGGGAGUACGGAUUCCUGGACCCCGGGAUCUCCCCACAAUUUCCCUAGCCAGAUAGUCUCCACCCCAUCCCCACCUUGCAAGUGGGAAGCGCCAGGGCGUGGGUCUCACACCGACUCUGACCCCCACUAGCCGUUGUGGCUGAUGAAGGGCGAGUGGGUUUGCCUCUCCCAGCCCGUUUCCACUUGUGUACACAGGAAAUAGUGAGACCUGGCUGCAUAUAAACCAGCGAAAGUACCCGGGAGACAGAAGGCGCUCAUUACUUGUCUUUCCCUUCCCAUCUCCCCACGUGCAAUUCUCCUGCUCCCCGGGGACAGGACCUGAGGAUUCCCUUGCUGGCGCUGGGUCUGUCUCUUGGAAGCAGGCUUUUCUGCGGAGGGACCCCCCUCCCCUUCUAAUGCGGCCCUUGCGGGACAGCCGAGACCCCCCACUCCUGGGUGCCCAUCCGCUGCUCCAGCAACGUUGCGUGGCAGGGUGCAUUCUAACAGCGGGUUUUCGGGUAGCCUUAGGGCUCUUUCACCGUCUCUAUGGCUUCCUCGGGUUACCAGCGACAGCCUCCAUCAUCCUAUGUGGCCUUGACCGGGCUUCCCGUCACGGCCUCUGUACCCCUGCACGUGCCCUGAACCUCCGUGACCCCUGCGCCCCGGUCUCUUCGCAGACCCCCGGAGGCGGUGGCGAUGCUCUCGGGCGCGGCGACGGCGGACUGCGAGGACGCGGAGCUGCGGUGCCGCGUGGCCGUGGAGGAGCUGAGCCCGGGCGGGCAGCCGCGCGGACGCCGGGCCCUGCGCAGCGCCGAGCUGAGCCUGGGGCGGAACGAGCGCCGCGAGCUGAUGCUGCGGCUGCGGGCGCCGGGCGCGGCGGAGCGGCCGCGUUGCUUCCCGCUGCGCGCCGCGCGCCUCUUCACGCGUUUCGCCGCGGCCGGGCGCAGCACGCUGCGGGUCCCCGCCCACGGCGCUCCCGGGGCCGGCGCCGUGCAGCUGCUGCUCUCCGACUGCCCGCCGGACCGCCUGCGCCGCUUCCUGCGCACGCUGCGCCUCAAGCUAGCCACGGCCCCGGGGCCCGCGCCGGCCUCCGCCCGCGCACAGCUGCUCGGCCCGCGGCCCCGCGACUUCGUCACCGUCAGCCCCGUGCAGCCCGAGGAGCUGCGGCGCGGGGCGGCCACCCGGGCUCCGGACACCACGCUGGCGAAGCGGCCCGCGGAGCCCCAGACUGGGGCCGAACCUGGCACUGAAGCCCCAAAGUGGCCCCUGCCUGUGAAGAGGCUGAGCUUGCCCCCCACCAAGUCCCAGCUUUCUGAGGAGCAGGCUGCUGUGCUGAGGGUCGUCCUGAAAGGCCAGAGCAUUUUCUUCACUGGGAGCGCAGGGACAGGGAAGUCAUACCUGCUGAAGCGUAUCCUGGGCUCACUGCCCCCUACAGGCACUGUGGCUACUGCCAGCACGGGGGUGGCAGCAUGCCACAUCGGGGGCACCACCCUCCAUGCCUUUGCAGGCAUCGGCUCAGGGCAGGCUCCCCUGGCCCAGUGUGUGGCCCUGGCCCAAAGGCCAGGCGUGCGGCAGGGCUGGCUCAACUGCCAGCGGCUGGUCAUUGACGAGAUCUCGAUGGUGGAGGCGGACCUGUUUGACAAGCUGGAGGCCGUGGCCAGAACCAUUCGGCAACAGAACAAGCCAUUUGGAGGGAUCCAGCUCAUCAUCUGUGGGGACUUCCUACAGCUGCCGCCUGUGACAAAGGGCUCCCAGCCCCCCAAGUUCUGCUUCCAGGCCAAGAGCUGGAAGAGGUGUGUCCCAGUGACCCUGGAGCUGACUCAGGUGUGGAGACAGGCAGACCAGACCUUCAUCUCUCUGCUGCAGGCUGUGAGGCUGGGCAGGUGCUCAGACGAGGUGACUCGCCAGCUCCGGGCCACAGCCAACAACAAGGUAGGGCGGGAUGGGAUUGUGGCCACAAGGCUCUGCACCCACCAGGAUGACGUGGCCCUCACCAACAAGAGGCGGCUGCAGGAGCUGCCAGAUAAGGUACACAGCUUUGAGGCUGUGGACAGUGACCCUGAGCUAGCCCCGACCUUGGAUGCCCAGUGUCCUGCUAGCCGGCUCCUGCAGCUAAAGCUGGGGGCCCAGGUGAUGCUGGUGAAGAACUUGGCGGUGUCCCGGGGCCUGGUGAAUGGCGCCCGAGGGGUGGUAGUCGGGUUCGAGGCCGAAGGGAGAGGGCUGCCGCAGGUGCGGUUCCUGUGUGGAGUCACUGAGGUCAUCCGCGCUGACCGCUGGACGGUGCAGGCCACCGGGGGCCAGCUCCUCAGCCGGCAGCAGCUGCCCCUCCAGCUGGCCUGGGCAAUCUCCAUCCACAAGAGCCAAGGCAUGUCCCUGGAUUGUGUGGAGAUCUCUCUGGGCCGUGUGUUUGCCAGCGGCCAGGCCUACGUGGCCCUGUCCCGGGCCCGCAGCCUGCAGGGCCUGCGUGUGCUGGACUUUGACCCCAUGGUGGUUCGCUGUGACCCCCGUGUGCUGCACUUCUAUGCCACCCUGCGGCGGGACAGGGGCCUCAGUCUGGUAAGAGGGAGUCACCUACUGGAGGGUCCCUGUGGCCAUGGGUGGCUGGGAGCGAGGACAGAGGGAAGGCCAGGUGGGACCUGGGUGGGGAUGCAGAGCCCUCUACUGGCUCCUCUGGGGGCAGAGGCAGGAGGAGAGAGACGUUGGCCCCCAGGAUGUGCCCUGGGAACAGCACAAGCCCAUGAAUGGCUGCUUUCGCUCUAUUCCAGGAGUCCCCAAAUGAGGAGGAGGCAGCCUCAGACCAGGAGAACAUGGACCCAAACCUCUGAACCUUGGCUGCAAAGAGAAGAUAAAUGGUGUUCUGUCCACCCUCCUGCUCCCUAGGGGCCCAGGGCCCAGGGAAUAACUGGGGACAGGGGACCAGCAUUCCUUGCUCCAUUCUUAGGGGCUCUCUGCCUCUUGGCAGUGUUAAAGGGAGAGUGCUUCCCACCCACGUGCCAGCUGUGCCUCAGUUUAUCUCCUUUUGCCCCAGAUGAGCUGCCUCGGGGUCAUAAGUACCCUUUCUGUGCCCGUUGGGAAUGGGCCUGUGGUGGUACCUGGUGUCAGAGGACAAAGCUGUCUGCAAGGGAUGGACACAGAGCUACAGAGUCCUGAACACCCUUCCCUUUGGGCUGCAAAAGGGAGAGGCAGUGAGGACAGGUCUCCCGGAGCAGCAUCAGGU